CCCUCCUCUCCUCUACCAACCCCCUGUGUCUCUCUCUCCUCCGCUCCAAAACCCUCCGUAGCGAUCAAAACCCUAGGAGGAGGGGGAGGAGGCGGUCGAAGCCCUAGUUUUCCAUUUGCACUCUCGUGGGAGGCCUCUCAGCUCGAUCCCGUCUCCACAGAGAGGUGUUCGCUCGGUUAGUGGGUGUAUCAGUAUGUCGUCACCUUUAACUCGCGAUUGGGUGGGAAUCCAACAGUUCCCAGCUGCCACGCAAAACAAAUUGCUUGAGAUACUGGGGAAACUAAAGGAAGAGGUUCAUAAUGUGAGCACAAUGACUAUUCUGGUGAUGGGUAAGGGUGGUGUUGGGAAGUCCUCCACUGUGAAUUCCAUUCUAGGGGAGAGGGCGGUUACUGUGAGCACUUUCCAGUCUGAAGGAUUGCGGCCAAUGAUGUGCUCAAGAUCACGAGCAGGGUUCACUUUAAACAUCAUUGACACGCCGGGACUUGUAGAAGGCGGAUAUGUCAAUGAUCAAGCUCUUGAGAUCAUAAAACGGUUUCUGUUGAAUAAGACUAUUGAUGUUCUCCUGUACGUGGACCGGUUAGAUGUGUAUAGGAUGGAUGCUUUGGAUAGACUAGUUAUUAAAGCUAUAACUGACACUUUUGGAAAGGCAAUAUGGAGAAGAUCUUUGGUUGUGUUAACACAUGCUCAAUUGUCUCCACCAGAUGGAUUGAAUUAUGAUGACUUCUUUGCCAAGCGCUCAGAAGCGCUUCGCAAAUGCAUACGGUUAGGCGCCCGCAUCAAAAAACAAGAGUUUCAGGAAUCAAACAUUCCCGUGGUGUUAGUCGAGAACAGUGGGAGAUGCAGGACUAACGAUAGUGCAGAAAAGAUACUGCCCGAUGGUACGCCGUGGAUCCCAAACUUGGUGAGAGAAAUCACACUCAUCAUCUCUAACGGGAGCAUGCCGAUCGUCGUUGAUCAGAAGCUGAUCGAGGGCCCCAAUCCUAACAACCGCGGAAAGCUUUUCAUACCCCUCAUUCUGGCUUUUCAGUACUUUUUCGUGAUAAGACGGAUUCAACGAGCCAUCAAAGAUGACAUUGCAAAGGAAAGCAAGCCGCUUUGGGAGCUGCGCGACUUGGGCUUAGCAGAUCGCAAAUUCUAGUCUCUCUCUCUCUCUCUCUCUCUCUCUCUCUAUAAAUUAUCUUUCUAUGUUGUUGGUUUGUGUGUAUUCAUUUCCUGUGCUGUUGUGUUACUAUGAGGGCUUUAUCCGAACAGUCGUACUGCGGCGGACUACUGACUUUCUUUUUGUAAUCCCAGUCUCAUGCUAUCAAUCUUUCAUCUUCUUCUGACA